GCAGCCUCAGAGUCACACCCGCUUGAGUAACUUCCUCAAACGCUUUCGCGGGCAUCUUCCAGUCACAACCACACCAGGAUGAAGCGAUCAAGACUGGCACUCAUCGUUUUGACUGCCAUUGCCAGCACCACCAGCACACAAGCCAUCGACUGGACCUUUUGGAACGAUGACGACGAUUCGACCCCUUCACCCGCUUCGACCGACACAAACUCAGAGACCCUGUCUCCAGAGACCCUGACAAACAUGAUGGGGUCCGAUUACAUGGAUCGUGUCAGGUCUAUGAUUUACUCUGGGAAGGGGUCAGACUCGGACUCGGACUCUGGUUCGUUGCCUGAUGUCGGUUCCUCUUCAGGUUCGGCUUCCAAGCCGCCUGCUUCUUCAGCUUCGUCCUCUGCCUCUUCUCUCGAUACGGAUGAUGAUAACUCUGCAUCGAACGCUCUGUCGUUAGCUGGUUCUUCUGGUUUGGACUUGGCAAUGCCAUCCAUGGACGAGAUCGCGACGCCUUCAACUGCGGUUAGCGACAUUAAAUCCAACUACCGUAACUGGGUGGGACCUUGGAGCCAGUCGGCCGACUCGGCUUGCUACCGGGAGGCUCACUUCAUGAAAACCUGUCCGAGCAAUUAUGAUCGCAACGAACUGACGAACACAUGUUGGACCGAGUGUCCGAUGGACUAUCCCGUGGAAUGUGGUAUGCAGUGCAUUCAACAAAACAACGACUGCGGUCGCGAAAACGCUGCCAAGAUCUCCGCCUUGGCAAUGGGUGCGCUGAGUAUGGCCUCUUUCGGUGUAUUCGGUCAAUUGGCCAAGUACGGCAAGCACGUGAGUUGGGCAGUCACUUGCGCCAACUACCUCAUGGUCUUCGUAAGAGCAGUAAUCCGUUUCACGCGUAACCAGAUGACCAACGAACCCAACACGUCGCAAGAGAAGCUUUUACUGCUGCUGUACCAGACGAACUAUGUCGUCGCUGAUCUUCCGGCUACCAUCAUCGCGUGCUCAGGCAGAAGUACCCCCGCAAGUCUCCAGCUAACGCGCCAGAUCAUGCCUACGGCUCAGUUCGUCCUACUGUUGGUGCUCAACUACGAUGAUCAGAUUAUCGAAAGUUGGCAGAAGUUCAAAGCUUUCAUGAAGAGGGCCAACUUCACGGAAGCAGCCGAUCAAAUUACAGAGGGGGAGAUCUCGAGUCUGGAAACGGGUAUGAAGCAGAACUCGACGUGCGGUGAGGAACUCACGACGUUGACCAACCGAGUUUGGAUGACGGUGGACGAGCACAGACAGAAGAACCCCAAGAUCAGCGAGGGUGAUCUCCGCCUUAAGAUGAGCCAGUCGGACCUCGUCAUGUACGAUAUCCCGACGGUGACCAACAACUGUAUGCCCAAGAUGAUCUCCGAGUCAAGCUUGGCUACUGCGUACAAGACUCGCGAUACCCUCCGCAAGACCUACGGAGUGAUGAUCAACGACCUCAUCAAGUCCGGCAAGAGUGACAAUGGUACAUCCAUGGCCGCGAAGCACCAAGCCUACACAUGGCUUCGCAACGCUCUCUUCUUUGCUUCGUUUGGCUGGGACCCGACGGAUCUGUCGACUAUCUUUUCAGAAUACCUCCAGACUAUCUGCGGUCCCACGCAGUUCAUGGGUGAGGUCGACGACGGCAAGGAAGCCGCCACUCUGGGAAUGAGUGCGCUUCACAAGGCCUUCAAGAACAGUACGCUGGCUUGGACCAAGAAAGGUGACGGUGCUGUUAUUAUUAACUUCAAGAGCAAGGAUACCAAGGAUGUGACGGUUAAUAUCAUGUCCGGUGGUGACAAGAUCGAUGAAGUUGAACUCAAAGCUGGUGGAUCUGCCCAGUGGAAGUCGAACAUCAAGACACUUGGUGGCAAGACGUUGUACCUGGAUCGCUGGCGUCCGGGUCUCUUAGGUCUUCCUGGUACGGGUGGUGGCUCCCUUGUGUUGUGGGUACCCAUUUCGCGCCAGGGCGGCCAUUUGGAGCUAACUGCCCAGCUCAAUGUGAGCUAAAGAACUAGAGUCAGAUUUUUGUUGUUAGUUUACAGUAGAAGUCGAGAAUUACUAUUAUAAUAUACUUCGAAGUAGAUCGAC